CUGCUGCUGCUAUGCUUUGAUUGUGAAAAUAUUGACAGGAUGUGUGUGUUCUGGUGUAUUUAGGGAGGGCUGUGGAGCCCCCAAAGUCUAGUCUAUAAAAAAGAUGAGAUUCUCCUAAAACGAGCUCAUAAUCAAAGUGUCAUCAUGUCGUGCUGUGAGUGCAGAGGAGGCGGCGAGGAGGAGCCAGCAGCUCGGAGCAGCAUCCUCUACAGCCUCCUCCUCAACAGAGGCACCCAGAGCACGCAGAGACACCUGGAGACGCACCGGCACCGGCUCUGCUCCUGCUCCUCCAGGAGGAAACUAGUGGCGCUUCGCUCUCCGCACUCAGUCUUCAAAGCGACCUCGGAGGUGCUCGUGAAAACUUUCAAGUUCGUGAAAAACGUGCCGUGUUUUCGUGGUUUGCCGCAGGAGGACCAGCUGCGUCUGGUGCGCAACAGCUGGGCGCCUCUGCUGGUUUUGGGCAUGGUGCAGGACGCGGUGGACUUCGACACGGUGGAGACGCAGCAGCACAGUCUGCUGCACAGGAUCUUAACGCGCAGCAGCAGCAGCAGCAGCAGGGAGACACAGAUUCAGGUUAAAGACCAGGGGGUGCCAGUGGGGGAUGCAGAGGGGAUCAAGAUGUUUCUGGUGAAAUGUAGAGGACUGAGGAUCAGCGUCAAAGAAUACGCAUUCCUGAAGGGAGCCAUACUAUUCACUCCUGAGGUGAUGGAGCUGGAGUGUCGGGAAUAUAUCCAGGCGCUCCAGAGAGAGGCUGAGUGCGCGCUCUACGAGCACGUGAGAACGGUGCACCGGGGCAACGCGGGCCGGUUCGGCAGACUGCGCGCGGUCCUGCGCGCCCUGCGGUCCGUGGACCCGGACGCGGUGGCGGGACUCUUCUUCAGACCCGUGACUGGCACGAGCAGCAUCGACGAACACGUGCUCGCUAUGUUUUAUGAGCUUUAGAGCCCGAUAGAAAGAAAAGAAAGACGUUUUGGGAUAUGAACAAUAAUUGAAUGUAUUUAUAUAUCUGUCUAUAAUUUGAUUUUACAUUUAAAUUAUCUACUUCCAGCUUUCAUUGAUCACAUCAGCUGCACAUCAUGACUUUCUAUGUUUUUGUUAGGACACUGAGGACCACUCCAGACCACGAU